UGAAUUGGAGGGAACUGAAGCCCCGCAAAUAACGAGGGCCAUCUGUAGUUGCACAUACACUAACAUUAGACGUAAUCCUCACUGUUUCCUGCAGGACUAGGGUAAGGCUUCUAGGCAGUGUUAGCUAACUGCAGUGCUAGAAUUCUCUCAGGAGAGACUUUGUGUUCAGCUAGAAUGCAUAAUCCAAAUAUUAAAGAGAGAACAGGGACACAAGUUAUUUAUUUCCUAAAGUCAGUUGAAAUCUAUAUUGUGCUGGCUCUUGUUCAUGGUCAAUACAUUAAUUCUGCUUCCCUAGGUUGCAAACCAGAUCCAAAUCACUGCCUAUGCCUGCCAGGCAUGUUAUUGUGGGCAAUUCUCCAUUGAUAUUGACAGUUGGUGCACUCAGCGGCAAGAAUAUGAACUAGGCAACCCAUUUCUCUUGCCAUCCUGCAGGGUGUGUGACAUUGGGAAUUUCUGUAAUGGAAAGCAGUGCUGUUUCACAUACAUAUUUCCCGUCUGUACAUGGACUAUGAAGAGGAUGAUGAUAUCUCUUUUGCAAAAUGGAUGAGCAGUUUCUGGGGACACAGUGUAACAGAUGAGAAGGAAAAAGAGAGUAGAGCCUACAGGAAACCACAGACAAGAUCUUCUGGCGAAAGGAGGGCUUCCCUACCGGCCAAGCUUUCUUCCAUCCACAUGACAAGACUUCAUGCUUCUACUAAGAUCCCAUUAUCAGGCCAUCUGAAGGAUUGCAAAGAAUUGCAAGAAGACCAAGAUACAAAAUGCCAUUGUCAUAUGAAGGCAUGCAAAAAAUCUUCAAAUGGUAAUGCUUCCCAUGCAACCAGUGGACCAAACAGUCGAUCAAACUCUAUUCAGGAAUUUUCAGAAUCAUUUGAGAGGCAGCUGCACUUCAAAAACAAGCGCUCAGUUUCUUUGGAACCUGAAGGGAUGAAAGAGAGGCGAGAGAGAGAGAAACUACGAUUUUUCAAGAGCCGGUUUCACAAGAAAAUGGGAGAAAAGGAACCAAAGAAAGAGCAAGAGGAAGGAGAACACAGUGUGAAGCUCCCAGUUGGAAAACAUAGUUAAUAAUUCCCAUCAUACAGAGGCAUAAAGAGUUAGUUAAUGUGUUUGCAUAAAUUAUUUAGAUUGACUUCUGUAUUCAAACAGAAGAUAAAAUAGGUUUUGACAGUUUUUAUUUUAUAAAAUUGCAAGUGUUAGUUAAUAGAAGGGGCCAUAACUAUUUGAAUAAGCAUAAUUAUUCCCCUGUAAUUGAUUGGGUUGGUCUUUUAAUAUUUUCUUCAUUAGGUAUGAAUCAUUAGUUCUAAUCAAAUGAAAGUGAGCAAUUAAUUAUAGGCACUUGGUAAGAGAGAAAUAAAUGUGCUCAUUUACCAAGGAAAAUAUAAAUGGAGUCACUCCUGCUAACUGAGCAAAGAAGCACAUCUUAAAGUGGUGAUUCUCUUAUAUUUAGCACAACCAUCCUUAUCCAAACCCUGCACAGCAUCUCUCCAGUGAUUGUUGCUGGUGUCUUCCUUAUGUUUCUUUUUAGAUUAUGAGCCCUCUUGGGACAGUACACCUUAUUUAUUUUUCUACGUUAACCACUCUGAGAACUUGUUGUUGAAAAGCCAUAUAUAAUUAUUUGUAGUUAUAGUAAUCUGUGGACAUGCAAAGUCAUAUGGAAAUAACUUUUGUUAAAACUGGAAGCUCAGCCAAGGUUCAAUAAAAGGCUGUGAGAGGAGGUGGGGUGGGGAAUCAUGGAUACUGGCAAACAUUGCACAACUCCAAUGGUAUUUAGCUUGUCUUAGAGAUAAAAUAGUAAAACUGUAUAUAUAUCCAGUUAUGAAAGCAAAUUGGGUAUUCUUCCAAGUAUUCUUCCCAUGUCAAACCAUGGUUUCCCCCCUACUUGUGUAUGUAGCACACAAUUGAUCAAGUUAUCUGAAUUUUUAAAUAUUUCCCCAGAAUAUCUUUAUCAAUGAAAUUGUGCUGUAUAUUAAAAUACUAUAAAAUGGAAACAAGAA